AUGAAUGAUGAUAAGGAGGAGGAGGAGGAGGAUCAGGAGGAGCGGAUUCGUUGUGAAUUGUGUGGACUUAUUGACAAAGAUAGGGUUGAAAUUAUUAAGAACAUCGUCGAUGAUACUGAUGAAGACCUUUUAUCGAAUAGCAAAUCAGUCGAACGAGAACUUCAUGUUGAAAUUGAACCUAUUGUGAGUGAGCCGGUUAGGGUGCACGACUUACCACCGAAACCAUCUUUUGCUAGACAUGAACCACUAAAGCAUUUCAAGAUAAGUACGGAGGAUGCCUCGACAAGUGCGUUCAAAACUUCAAAGAACUUACUACUGGUUUUCGUAUUUGCUGCUACUGUUAUUUUUGUCGUGUUUGCCAUUGUUUUAAUUCGUCAACGACCGCGACGUCGUGGCUUCAUCGAGGUUGACGUUUGUACUCCAGGGGAGCGACAUGUUAAUGGGAUGCAAGUGAAUGGCUAUGAGAAUCCUACAUAUUCGUUUUUUGAUAAUAAAGCUUGA